AUGUCAAUGUCAAUUCUGACAGCUGUUACCACUGCUGCCAAUGUCGUCUUCGAUGCUGAUGCGAGCGUUCUUGGCUGCGGAUGCACGCAUAAGCCGCCAGUACCGCACCUGCCGAACCUCCUUCCGGCGACGGAAACAGACAGAACCUCAUCAGCGAACGUGACAUCAUGUGCGAGUCGCGAAGCCCUAUCGCAGAACCUUUCAGUACAAGCAGCAGCAGCAGCGCCAAUAGCCGAACCUUGUUGUGUCGAGGCGCCUCAACCCCGGGCGUCAGACGUGGCAGGAAGCUUAUUCCAAUCUUCAGCUGCAGCUGCGACGUCGCCAUAUCAUCGUCGCCAGCAUCGCGCGGCGGUAGCCUUUGUUCGCGACUGCCUUUGGCAAGCGCUACAGGCGUGUUUGGAGCUCUGCUGGAUCGCUUUGGUCAUCGUCGUCUUCGUUAUAGGCUGCUCGCUCUCGCGUCGUAUCGAAUCCAUGCGCGCUUCUUGUAACAGGGCUGGACUACAAGUCGCUCUCAGCGAGGUGAGCCGAGGAGAGGUCGAAUUCGCCGCGCAUCCCGCCGUUCAGUACGCUGAGCCUCCCGCCGUGAUUCUCGGACCCCGUUCACCAAACAAGCUGGAGGGCGAUUCUCCGACAUCGUUGGAUUGUAGUUUAGGGCCAUCAUAUGCACUUGAUUUGAUACUCCCACACAUCUGGAGCCAGUCCGCUUUGCGCAGCAACAGCAUAUGCGACCACAUCCACGGCAACUGUAGCAGCAUUCGUGCGCCAGGUGUGCUGGAUAAUAAACGCAAUACUCGCAGGGAGAAUUCGCUUCCGAUGGUACGCGCCGCGUCUGCCGUGCGAGGGUUUUUGCAGACAGACUGUGACAGUCGCAUCCAGCGCAACCAGUGCAAAGAGGGGGAUGCUGACGCCAGCUCGUUGUAUGAAGGGAUGAACGGGCUCUCACACACAUUGGAGACCGAGGUGCUGCAUUAUCAGCAGGAAGCAACCCCGGGUGAUGACGAGGCGGCGCUGAUCGCGUUUAAACAGGCAAUCCAAGUGGACCAUCUCAACGUCCUCGAAUCCUGGACGUCCGAUCGCCCCGUGUGCUCCUGGGAGGGCGUCUCCUGCCGAAGCGCCGCUCCUCAGCGCGUAAUCGGCCUGACCAUCUCGCAGGGCUUCCUCGAAGGUUCGCUAACGCCGGAGAUCUCAAAACUAGACCAGCUGAGGAAGUUACACGUGGACGGCGGGAUGCUUAUGGGAAAGAUUCCGCCGCAGGUGGCGCAGCUCCGCUGGUUGACGAGCGUUGACUUGAGCAGCAACCACCUGACUGGCGAAAUCCCUCCCAGCUUCUCCCUCCUGAGCAACCUGCGCAAUCUCGCCCUCCGUUCGAACAAUUUCUCAGGGGCAAUCCCCCCGGGGAUAUUCCUCCUCCCGAAACUCGAGACGCUCGCCCUUGAUAUCAACAACCUGACGGGUGCGCUGCCCGACGGUCCCGGCAGCUACAGCCCGAGCCUCGUGUCCCUCAGCCUCGGCGUCAACUACCUCUCCGGACCUGUUCCCAAGGCUCUUGGCGACUUGCCGAACCUGGUUCAGCUCGACCUGCACCAGAACUCGUUUUCCGGACCUAUUCCGCCGGAGCUCGGCGCGCUUACGAAGCUGGAGUACCUCGAUAUAAGCAGUAACCAGCUCACUGGUGGUAUACCACAUGCGCUGGCAGGGCUGUCGUCGCUUCAGGCGGGUGUUUUCUCAAACAACCAGCUGAGUGGCGUGGUUUCGCAGCCUUUUCUGGUCGGAAUCGCGUCCACUAUAGACGUCCUCGAUGUAGGCAGGAACGCGUUUACAGGCUCGAUUUCGCGGUUUGCGUUGUUAACGAAUGCGGUGUACAUCGAGCUGAGUAACAACAAAUUUGUGGGGGGAAUCACGAAAGCGUUCGGCGCAAUGCCGAACCUGCAGCAGCUGGGGUUGUCCGAUAAUGAACUGACAGGUGGCAUUCCGGCGGGAAUUACGGAGUCGAGCAGCCUCGUCGUGUUCUCCGCGGAUCGCAAUAAGCUGAGAGGAAGCAUCCCCCCCUUCCGCUGCACCAACACCGGAUUCAUGGCUCUCACCGUGUCUGGAAACUCCUUCCAUGGAGGCAUCCCCCACAGCCUUGCCGGCUGCAACAGCAGCCUCUACGUGCUCGAUUCAAGCGCGCCAAACGUGUCUCGUAGAACCUGCAGAGAUUACCAUGCCAUCCAUAAACCAGCACCGACCGUUUUCCGCGGAUCUGUCUCAGCCACUCCCCUGACCUCCAUCUGCCUCCCCCGCUCUGCGUCUGUUGCUGCUUCCACCACUGCCAAGGCUGCUACCUCCACUGCCAAGGCUGCUGCCUCGGCCGUCGCCGAGCCUGCGCAGGAGCUUCGGGGUGCUGGACCAGUGGUGGUGGUUGAUAAUUAUGACAGCUUCACUUACAACCUCUGUCAGUACCUGGGCGACCUGGGGUGUGAGCACGUGGUGUAUCGUAACGAUGACAUCACCAUAGACGACCUGCAGAAAAUGGAUCCCAGGGGCGUGCUCAUCUCUCCAGGCCCUGGCACGCCAGACGACUCGGGCAUAUCGCUGGACGUGGUGCGGCGCCUGGGCCCCACUGUGCCCCUUUUUGGCGUCUGCAUGGGGCUGCAGUGCAUGGGGCAGGCGUAUGGAGGGCGCAUAGUGCGGGCGCCCGGGGGCGUGAUGCAUGGCAAGACGUCACCCGUGCUGCAUUCGAUGGCAGACAGUGACUCAGGGCUGCUGGCUGGACUUCCCAGCCCCUUCACUGCAUGCCGGUACCACAGUCUGGUGAUUGAAAAGGACACAUUCCCUGAAGACGAACUGGAGGUGACUGCUUGGACGGAGGAUGGGCUUGUCAUGGCCGUGCGACAUAAAAAGUACACCCAUGUGGAGGGAGUGCAGUUCCACCCAGAGAGCAUCAUCACGAGCAAUGGCAAGGAAAUAGUGGCCAACUUUCUCAAGACUAUGGAUCGCUACUGGGCACAGUAG